AUGGCCGGCGCGUUGCUAUGGCGCGGCCCCGCCCCGCCCCUCUCCGCGCGUCCCAACAUGGCGGCGGCGGGCGGGGGGCGGCGGGCGCUGCUCCUGCUCCCGGUGCCGCUCCCGGUGCCGCUCCCGCUGCUGCUCCCGGUGCUCCUGGCGGCGGCCGCGGCCGCGCGGCUCUACCGGCCCGGCCACGACCCUCUGACCGUGCUGACGGCCGGCUCGGUGCGGCCGGCGCUGCUCAACUCCUCGACCGCCUGGGUGGUGCAGUUCUACAGCUCGUCCUGCGGCCACUGCAUCGCCUUCGCUCCCACCUGGCGGGCGCUGGCGGGGGACGUCAAAGACUGGGAAUCUGCAAUUAGACUCGGUGUGCUGGACUGUGGGGAAGAGGAGAACUAUGAGACCUGCAAGGAAUAUGGUAUUCACUUUUACCCAACCAUUAAGUACUUCAAAGCAUUUACAAAACAGUUUACUACUGGAGAAGCAGGAGCAGAUCGAGAGCCGCAAACAGUCCGUCAGAAGAUGAUUGACUUCCUCCAGAACCAUUCCCAGGAGGUCAGACCACCUGCUUGCCCACCCCUGGACCCAGUUUGGUCCAGUGAUAUUACUUCCCUUUUUGACAAGAACAGCCACCAUUACACUGCCAUCGUGUUUGAAAGCAACAGCUCCUACCUGGGCCGAGAGGUUAUCUUAGACUUGAGCCAGUAUGAAAACCUCGUGGUGAGAAGGGCCUUGAAUUCUGACAAGGCUUUCCUGGAGAAACUGGGUGUUCCCUCAGUGCCCUCCUGCUACCUGAUCCACCCAAAUGGGUCCCAUGGCUUAAUUAACAAUUUGAAGCCUCUACGGUCUUUCUUUUCUUCAUAUUUAAAGUCACUGCCAGGUGUAAGAAAAAAGCUCCUUUUGCCACUCCAGCUGCCAGCUCAAGAAGACAAAGAGGAGGGCACAGAAAUCAAGGUGUGGAAAGAGUUUGAUAAGAGCAAGCUGUACAUGGCUGACCUUGAGUCGGGAUUGCAUUUCCUGCUCAGGGUGGAACUCGCCACGCACAAGACACUUGAGGGAGCUGAGCUCAAGACCUUCAAGGAUUUUGUCACCAUCUCUGCCAAGCUUUUUCCUGGCCGACAGCCUGUGGUAAAGUUGUUAGAGACCUUGCAAGAGUGGCUGGUGAGCCUUCCAUUAGACAAAAUCCCUUAUGAUGCUAUUCUGGAUCUGGUCAACAACAAAAUGCGGAUUUCUGGCAUCUCUCUCACUAAGAAGGUUCAGUGGGUUGGCUGCCAGGGCAGCAGACCAGAGCUGAGAGGUUACAGCUGCUCCCUUUGGAAGCUGUUCCACACCCUCACUGUUCAAGCUGCACUGAGACCAAAAGCCUUGAUAAAUACAGGUCUGGAGGACAAUCCCCAGGUCGUGCUGCAGGUCAUGAGGAGGUACAUCCAGCACUUCUUUGGGUGCAAGGCUUGUGCUCAGCACUUUGAGGAAAUGGCCAAAGAGUCCCUGGAUUCCGUGAAAACCUUGGACAGGGCUGUCCUGUGGCUCUGGGAGAAGCACAACGUGGUGAACAACAGGCUGGCAGGUGAUUUGACUGAAGAUCCAAAAUUUCCCAAAGUUCAGUGGCCAACUCCAGACAUUUGUCCUGCAUGUCACGAGGAGAUUAAAGGACUGCACAGCUGGAAUGAAGAGCAAGUCCUGCAGUUCCUGAAAUCCCACUACAACAGUGACAAUAUCCUCUACAAAUACACCGAGAGCCAGACUGACUCCAGUGACCCCGAGCAGGGAGACACCAGGGAGGGGAAGGACAAAAACCUGCUGAAGAAUCCAGGGGGAAACAGAGAAAAUAAGCUCCAGGAUAAGGAAAACUCAGUAGAUUCGGGCUUUAAGGGGUUAGAGAAGCCCGGAGGGAACCCUGGAGCUGUCCAAGGUAGCGGGAAAAACUCUGUGGCAUCAGUGAACCUCAGAGAGGUCAGGCAGGCUGUGUCCUUCCUAGGGAUUGGCUUUUCCAACAUAGACAUGAGUCUCUGUGUCAUCCUCUAUGUCGCCUCCUCCUUGUUUCUGAUGAUCAUGUACUUUUUUUUCAGGAUGAGAUCCAAGAGGUGGAAGGUGAAGUAUUACCGGCCCUCGGUGUAGGGGUUCUCCGUGUCCGUGGCUGUUCCCAGACACAGCUUUAACCUUUCUGAUCAGGGAUUUUAUACACAGUAUUCCUUUGUCCCGAGGCAUUGCCAGGUGUUGGAUGAGAGGAGCUGGCUGUGGGAAGCCGAGGCACACGUGGCUGUGCUCUGGAGGGAGCGUUGCAUGUGUCAGGGCAGGUUUUUCCAUGACUUACCACCGACAUCCUUUACUCAUUCUCAGAGUAAACAUUGCAUUAUGCAAUCCACUGUGCCUGCUGGGGGAGGAAAUUGGAUAUUGUUUUGUGUACUUCAAGUCAGGUGUUAUUUUUUUUUUUAGUUUACCCAGAGCUGGUUUCACCUCCCCGAGUGCUGAACAGUUCCAGUGGUACUUUGGCUGCUUCCUUUGGAGGAGCAAGAAUUCUGAGGGGUUUGGUUUUUGGUUUUUUUUUCAGGAAACGAGUUUCAUUCUGAUUAAACCAUUUCUAAACCUCUGUGACUUUCUGAAAUAUUAUUUACAUGGCAUAUUUAAAGGAGAAAGCAUUCUGUGUCCACAUCAUUCUUGUGUAUUCCAGCCAAGGAUGUGUGUGUGACUGCCUGGAUGGGAGUUUUGGGGCAGUUUGUGUCUCAAUUAGCAGCCUGAUUCUGAUUGCUAAUGGUCAUCAUUGGAGAUUAGGUGUGAGCAAGGACAGACCUGGAACUGGUGCUUUAGUUGCUCUACUAUUGGAUGUGCUAAUGGAACAUUGGAUAACUCACCUCAUUUAUGAGCCAGGAAAAUAGCUGAGUAAUUAUCUUGCUAUCCAGGUGGAAGCCAAUCCUGAUGAACUCUAGUAAAGGAAAACAGGGUUUUCAGAGAAGGACAGUGAGAUUUGUAUUAACAUGGCAGAACAGAUUGAAAAAUCUGGGAAUACUGAGUUUCUUCUGUUGGAUAAUUCCAUUAUAACAUAGCAAUUAAUGCUUCCCUUGGGAUUUGCAGCUCUGAGCUCACAGAGUGUCACCUGCCGGGUGUGAAUUGUCUGUGCAGGGCACAGAACAGCCCUUCCCUCCCUCCCUGCUGCUGGAAUGCUCCUGCUGGAGUCAGGAGGGGCUCUCUGAUGGUUCAGGGCAGAGCUGCUCCAUUCUGGGACGUGGCAGCAGUUGGGAAUGUGGCAUUUUCCUUUCCUGGGCAGUCUGGGGGCCUGGUGGGCAGCAAUUAGAAGAAACCCUGAAAACAGCUCUAAAAUUACCAUUGGGAACAGGAGUUCCUGUGAUCCUGACUGGGGGGAUAAUUCAGGUCCUGGAUAGUGAAGUUUCUAAUCCCAUCCAAUGUAAUUGAGCAUGUUCUAGUUAUCCAUUACCUAAUCUUUAGUUAAUCCUAAUAGGUUUUGGCCUCAAUGUUUUCUCGUGGCAGUGAGUUCUCCAGAUUAAUUAUGUUAUAUAAAAAGGCUUUUCCUUUCAAUUCUACAUUUGCAACUUUUAAUUUAAUUGAAUGUUUGCUGGCUCCUCUGUUACAUGAGAAGGAAUGAGGAGUCUCUGGCCAAGCCCCUGUGUUUAUGCCAUCAGUGUGUCCUCCUCUGGUUUCCCUCAUAAGCCCCAGAGUAGAAAGUUUAAAACCUGGCAACAAGAAUGAUCUAAAAAGCACAAAAGCUCCACAGGGUUAUUUUUCUUCAUGAUCAAAUCUUGUUUGUUCACAAAACUGAAUAUUUCUGACGUGUUUCUGCAACUUCCACUUGGAGUAACAGAACUGAGCUUCAAGGAUUCCCUGUCCCUUGUUGCUUUUGACUCCCUGCAAUUCCAGCACUUUGGGUAUUGAAACACCUUGUAAGCAGCUGGAAUGAUGGUGGAAGGUGGGACAGGCUCAGCAGUGCAGGUUGGUUUGGGCUGGAAUCCAAUGAGAGAUCCCAGGAAGAGGCUGGUUAAGAGGAAAACCUGGAGAUUCCACAUUUAGUUUGGAAAAUCGGGCAAAUUCUAAGUGACCUGAUCUGGGCAGGUGUUCUCAUCCCAAAAGCAAGGACAUUUAGCUUUUAAAAACAAAGGCAAGCACCCAAAGACCCCUAACCCAGCACAACAGUGUUGGAUCUGGGAAACUGGGCCUUCUUCUGUGGGACUGUUGGAUUCCUGCUGUUGGAAUUGCUGCACAUUCCAAAGCUGAAAUCCAGUCAUUGCUGCUGUUGGUUAGAAUUCUACCACAUACAGAGACCUGACUUCAUUAGCUUUGGCUCAUUCUGCUUGUGGAAACAAAAGGCUUUGGAGGUUUUUAGGAAUGAUUUUGCCUUUAAAAAACAGCAAAUGUGGGUUUGGAAUAAGUUGGUGGGUUUGCUACACACCUUUAACUCCCACAUUGCUGUGACCCUGCUGCAAACACAACAAAAGGAACCAAUACUCAAACUUCCAGUGGCUUUUUUUUGCCUUUUGAGAGUGUAAAACUAUGAAAUCAGGAUGUUUCUUGUCCAUGUUGGUGCUCCAGCUCUUGCCAGUGAACCAGCCAAGGCUUUCACUUCAACAACCUCAUCUGGGAAGGUUUUCCUCGCUUUGAAUUCAGUUGUGUAAAUCUUGGUUUGCUUGUUCUUAUUUUCCAUCUUUAUAAUGACAAAUGGCAUCGUUUUAUGUCUCUGUAACGGCACAGUCUGUGCUGGGGGAUGGGUGAGGCUGCCAGGAAAGUGGUUCUGGUUUAAAAAUUGCCUCCAGCUCCAUCUCCUCACUCCUGGAGGGUUUAUUUGUGUGGUGUGUUGUGCCACAGAGGUUCCUGCAAUGCCCCUUCCCUGUGCUGGGGCCAGGCAGUUCCAAGAGGGAUUUCUUGGCCCUUUGUAAUUCAUGGAGCUUUCUUUGCUCUCUGGAUGUUUUUAAAGAGGGAAUAUUAAAUCUGCAUAGAAAAUAAAAGGAGUAGAAUGUGCCAGGAGAGAGAGAAAAGCUGCAAGUGCUAAAGAAACCUAAUAAAGUUAUUCCUGAGAACUGCUAAUUUUUGAUUUCCAGCAGUGUGUCCAUCCUGCUGUUCCUGCUCAGAACUGGAUGGGAACAAAAGUCCUGGGUGUGUUGUCUCAGUCUGUGCUUUGCACACGAGGUGUUGGAAAUAGUGAUGAUACCAUUGCAGUAAUUUAAAUGUUCUAUUUAUUUGAAUUCAGUAACUUGACAUUUUCGAGUCUGUUCUGGUUUGGUUUGGUUGGUUUUUUUACUGUCUCAUUCCUCUCUUGGAAGGAAAAAUGACUGUUUUGUACUAAAUUGUAAACUAAUGUGCUUGUUUAAAAUAAAUUGCAAACAUUUGGGCAAA